CAGCCGAAGGAGACGGGUGACUACCGCCGCAAACUAUCCACCGCCCGAGAACACGCGGCAGGUGACUGCGAAGCAGUUGAAAAGGCCGCCGAUGUCUUACAUUAACUUUCUGUGUAAGAAUCUCUCGAAGGUGCACACGCCGAAGAAUGAGUUUGGGGCGCGCAUGGUCACUGCCGGGAUUAGUCACUACGCGGAGAAGGUACGAUGGGGUUUCGACAUCCUGCGAACAGACAAAGCAACUGGGUUUGAUUACAACGAAGAUGCACACACACCUGGACUGGCAGCCCUAUGGACAACUGAAUUGGUAAAUGAGAGUUGUUAG